UGGAUAAUCACUACAAAUAGGCCAUUAGGUUUUUUGUUGCUGCCUUUUUGGGGCAAUUGCAUCUAUAUGGAUCACGCCGAUUUAUUCUACACAUUUGAGCUGGAUUCAUAUUUACUCAACUUGUUAUUGGAUUAACUACUGGUAUUUCUAUCGCCUUUUGCAAUGUUAUAUGCGUUAAUUUGAGGAUUAGGUUUUGUCAUCUGGCUGAUUAUGCUUAUAGUUACUUGGUUUCCGAUAUAAGGAUUCUAUAUGUGCUGAGUCAAUAGGGUGUUUGUGUGACUUUAGCGUCAUCUAUUACGUGGAAUCCAAGAUGGGAGGACCUCCUAAGCCUAUGAUGAUGCCUGAUAUGGCGCCCAUGAUGCCAUUUGACAUGAGUCGUUUUGAAGGCCCGGGUAUGAUGCCACCUAUGUUCCCUUUUCAGGUGCCGCCUAUGGGUAUGCCUGGUAUCCCUAUUCCUCCUCCGCCUGCUCCUCAGCCAAUGGUUCCUGAGAGCGAUGAGUACCAGAUUGAGAUGGCUGCUAUGGCGGACGAGAUGAUGCAUCAAGGCAUGUAUGUGCAGCCUCCUCCCGUUGCACCGCCGUAUGUACCACCUACUCAGCCUUUACCACCUCAAGUACCAUCACCUCAUUUGGUCCCUGCACCCCAAAAUGAGCCAUUUACCGUCGUUGAGCCAUACAUGGCGGCUGAGAUUGCAUCAAUUAUGCACACGCUUACAUCAUCUCAGUUAACCCAUGCGCUAGCUGCAUUCAAGUUGUUUCACGACAAGUCGCCAAUUAAUGCUAAACGCCUGUUGAUAAACAACCCACAGCUGGUUUACGCAUUGCUUCACGCUCAGUAUAUACUGGGCAACGUUGACGAGCAAAUUAUGAAACUAUGUGGGCCUGAUCAACAUAUGACCCGUCUUAAUCGCAAGGAACGUGCUAAUGCUAGAUCUAAGGGCAGGCAUGCUAUCGUUGUUGAAGGUUCGGAUGACUCCAGUGCUGAUAUCGGUGACACAUCAAGCUCUCACGGAGUAACUGCUGGCCGCCAUAAGGAACCUAAACCUAAAGACAGUGGAGCGCCACCGCGCAAGGGUUCUAAACCUAUGGAGGCUGAGCAUAGACCGGAUAUGCCUCAGGAGGGUAUGCAACAGGGUACAAUCCCUCAAGAUCAGGGUGCUGCUACAUCGGGAAUUGUACACAACAGGGGUCAACCAGUACCUCCUCCUCCACCACCUCACGAUCCGGCUGUAACUGCAUCCCAGGCAGCUAUGUACCCUCCAGGAUCACACGUAGAUCCGCAGGCAGGCAUCUCUUGUGGUACCAUUGAGGAUUUGAUUCGGGAGGUUCAACCAGCUCCACCGAUACUGGUGGAAGAAGUGUUGAAGCACACUGAGAUAUUGACAAACAUACAACGCGCCACAUUAGCGGAGAUGCAGUCAUGGCCGCCCGAGCAACGUCUCCAGGUGAUGUCGAUAAAGCUUGCCUUACAUCACCGCGGCAUAUCGAUAAACCUAUAGAUGCGAUAUAGUUAAAUCUAAUUAGAUUAU